AAAAUAUGGUGACAUUGGGUAAAGAUAAGAAAAGGAGAAAUCACAAGAAGAGUGAAGACCGGGUCCCACAAAAUAAAUUGGAUGACUAUGCUGCCAUUGAUGUCCAUAAUAUGAACUUAAUAUACCUUCGCCGUAAAUUGAUGGAGAAUCUUAUUGACAAUAGUGAAGAGUUUCGUGUAAAAGUGAUUGGAUCAAUUGUGAGAAUAAGAAUAUCUGGUAGUGAUCAGAAGUAUGAUAUGUACAGACUUGUCCAAGUUGUAGGUACAAGUAAGGCAGAUGCACCAUAUAAGAUUGGCAAUAAAUCUGUAGAUAUUUUGCUUGAAGUAUUAAAUUUAGACAAGAAGGAGACUGUAUCAAUUGAUACAAUUUCAAAUCAAGAUCUGUCUGAGGAUGAAUGUAGACGUUUGCGGCAAAGUGUAAGAUGUGGGCUUGUAAAGCGGUUUACUGUAGGUGACAUACAGGACAAGGCAGUGUCCCUCCAAUCUGCAAGGCUCAAUGACUUGAUGGAAGCAGAGACAUUGCGGCUCAAUAAUCUUCGUGAUCGAGCAAGUGAGAAAGGGCAUAAAAAGGACCUUAGAGAAUAUGUGGAGAAACUCCAACUUCUAAAGACACCUGAAGAACGUGAACGCAGAUUGAGGGAAAUUCCUGAGGUUCAUUCUGAUCCAAAAAUGAAUCCUGAUUAUGAAACCGAUGACACUGAGGAACAUGUACAACAGAUGAAACCGAAGCAUUCCAGAAUUAAUCACAAGAACACAAACUCUCCUAAAAAACAACCCGAGUUUAUAAAUAAUGUCACUAGUAGCCCAUUGAAAAACAAGCCACUAAGGCACCUAACAAUUAAACCCGAAGAGGGUUUGACCCAUGGGUCAAGUGGUUUAGUUUCGGUUAGACCACAAACCAAGGUCACGUCCAACGGUUCAACCAUCACCAACCGGACCCAUGCCACGUCAUCAUCACUCAACACACCAACUUCCAUUGAUAGUGAUAUGGAAAAACUAUGGCAUUAUCGUGACCCAAGUGGAAAAAUUCAAGGACCAUUUUGUAAAAUACAAUUACAGAAAUGGAGUACGACUGGUUACUUUCCGGUUGAUAUGAGGAUAUGGAUGAAAAACGAGGAUGAGUCUUUACUCUUGAAUGAUGUAUUAUUAAAAGAGGAAUCGCCAAUUCCGACGGAGAAAGUUGGAAUCGGAAUCGAGGGUCUCACCGUCCGUAUUCCAAUUUCAUCAUCCACCACCGUUCAGAUUCCGAAGUCAAUGCAACCCGAUCUCGCUAGCCCUACACCAAUCGAAAACAAUGCCGAUAAAGUCGGAAUUGGAAUCGAGAGUCUCACGGUUCGUAUUCCGAUUCCAUCAGCCGCCGUAAAGUCAAUGGGACCCGAGCUUGCUAGUCCUACACCGGUGGAAAAGGAAAACAAUUCCGAUGUCAAACAUGUUUCUACGGUUUACGAUAGUUCAAAUGUCGGCAUGGUGGAUUUACCGAGUCCGACUCCAAAGACGAGAAACGAAGACGAAAAAGUGUCCGGAAUCGGAAUCCCAGUUCAAGAUGCUGGGAACCGGAAUCCUUCUAAUUGGAGUAAUGGUGGUGGAGCGGAGGUUCCGAAAACAGGCAGCGAAUGGAGUGGGUAUUCGCCUACUUCCGGUGGUGGAUCGGUGGUGGAAGUGGGCGCUGGCGGUGAUCAUGGUGGUUUGCCUUUGUCAUUGCCGCCAUGGCAAGGUGUCCGUGAGACGAUUGAGUUUAGUACAUUGGCGGAGGAAUCAGUUUCCGAUUUGUUAGCGGAAGUUGAUGCAAUGGAAUCACAAAAUGGUUUCCCUUCACCUACAUCAAGAAGGAACAAUUUUGUUGAGGAUUUGUUCAAUGGAUCCUUCGAAGAUUUCAGUCCCACCCCUAGAACAGAUACACAUCUACCUUUCCAGUCCACCACCACCACCACCACCACCGCCACCGCCAGUUUGCAACCUCUGCCUUUCAAGUGGCCCGACAUACCGGAACAAACCGUAUCCAAAAACACAAUAGACUUAAAUAAUUCCACGAAAGUUGAAGCUAACGAGAGCCGGAAACCAUCACCAUCACCACCGCCACCGCCGCCACCACAACCAUCGCCACCACCGCCACAACCACGACCGGGUCAAGAAAUGGCGACCCGGGUCAACCCGUAUUUGAACGUGGGGUGGGACCCACACCAACGAACGUAUAGUCCGAGGGAAAGAAGUUAUAAGGUUGAGGAUAUGGGGUAUAAUAGGAAUGGGAAGCCGGCUUGGGGGUGGCAGGGGUCGUUUGGUGGCGGCAGUGGUGGUGGUGGUGGUUAUCAGAGACCGCCGCCAAAAGGGAAGCGGGUUUGUAAGUUUUAUGAAAGCGGGCGGUGUAAUAAGGGAGCUUCGUGCAACUAUUGGCACCCGUGA